AUGCCGCGCGCCACCGAGUGUGGUGUGGAUGUUGAGAGCAUCAAGGCCUACGUCGACUCGUUCAGGGUGGGCGCACCCCCACACGGCGGCUGCGGCGUCGGCCUGGAGCGCGUGGUUAUGCUCUACUGCGGCCUCAACAACAUCCGAAAGACGGCCAUGUUCCCCCGCGACCCCAAGCGCCUCGAGCCCUAG